CAGCUCUCUCAGGCCCACUGAAGGACGCCAAAAAUUGUCCUUCCAUAUCCUGGAGAUAUAUGCAAGUCCUUCCGGAUUUUCAUCUGUGCAACCCCACCCUUGCUUAGCACGUAAUCCGGAUGCCGAGCACCGGCUUUAGGCAAAGUAGGACGCUGGCAGCUGGGUCUCGAUGAGCCGACAGACAGCCCGUUUAAACCUUGCGCCUUCCGAAUGGUCUUCGUAUUCAUCUUCGUCCCGUUCCUGGACGUCGAGCGACCGGGUAGAUACCAAAUCGGCAGCCGCACAUGGGUGAAAAUGUAUGAAGUGGAAUUUCAGCGAUCUAGAAUAAGGCACAUGCACUAUGUUUGGCAAUCACCUCCUCGAACACUUACCUCAUCGAUCUGCUUGCAGCAAUACUUUAUUCAUCAAGAUGCCAGAGUCUACUGCUACGAAAUCGUCUGUUAUACUUCCGAUUGCAACUAUCCAGCCCACUUUCUCUGAAGUGAUUGGCGACGUCCACUCCGGUAUCAUUCCUUCGGAAGACAUCUGGAUAUCUUGCUACAAAAAGGCGUCCCCCUCAGUGCAUGGAAAAGUUUCUGUAGUUCUGGAUGACAUUGAUCGCGAUCUUGUCCAGUUUCACACCAAAGAAGGCAACAUUAGGGUCGAGCUGGCAGGUGGGGGUCGUAAAUAUAAAAUAUCAUGUCCCGAAUUAGGUGUUUCCCCUACGAAAGCUCUACUUCCGACCCAUUCUUACACGACGCUUCCACAUCGAAUUACCGCAUUCGCACUGUCCCCCAACCGCUCCCAGUUUGCAUGUGGAUUCCUCGACGGCUCUGCCCAACUUUUUAGGGCAUCACCGGCCCACAACACCCCCACAGCUUUCUACCGAAGUCACAAAUCGACGCUUACUUCACUCCAAUUCUUCCCAUCUUCCCGCGUCCUUCUCAGCGCAUCUUCCGACUUCUCCGUCCAAAUCCUUCCUGCCGACAGCGAUGCGAUUACAUCAUCCCCAGACCCGGCCCGCACCCUUCGCGCCCACACUCGGCGCGUCACGGCAACCGCCAUCAUCGGUCCCGGCCGCUCGAUCCUCUCUGCCGCCCUCGACGGCACCCUUCGGCUCUGGGACGUCCCUUCCGGCACACAGACCUCCAUGUUUCCGACUGCGAGUGGUAUCAACAAAAUCACGCCCUCGUAUCUCGCAUUAGAUUCUUCCGAGCCGAUAUAUGCUGCACUACAAGACGGAUCGUUCUCCUCGAUUGACUUGCGGGCCUCACCCGGAUCAUCUUCAAUUUCCCGUUCUUCCUCUUCUGCUAGCUCUCUUCUCUCCAUUGCUGUUAGUAACACCCAAUUGGCAACGGGAUCCUCUAGAGGGAUGGUAUGCAUUUAUGAUAUCCGCUCUCUCGUUCAAGGACCCGUGGUCCAGUUUGCCAGAAACGAAGCUGCAGUUGAGGAUCUGGCUUUUCUUUCUCCGACAGAUGUGGUCAUGGGGGCGGAAGACGGGCUGCCGUACGUUGCUUCUCUGCAAGGAGAUGCGGUUCGCGUUGAGGCGGAAAUAGUCGGUACAGAUUGCGACGCAGUGAGACACAUUCGCGUCACCGAUACUGGGGACAUCUGGACUGCAGCCGAUGAUGGUGUCGUUAGGAGUUAUACGCCCUGGUAGGAAUAGUGAGCAAACACUUUCUUACAAUCGUGCAAUGGUUAAGCAUGGCGGCUAUAUGAGCGUUCAUUACACAAGUUCGGACGUCAAUGUCAAAUACAACAAAGAUACGGGAACGUCGAGAGAUGGAAGUGACAUAAGAUUAUACUACCCUUUCAUCAGCCAAGGCUUGUUUGCCAUUGUCCAUGUAUCCAGGAUUUUCCAAAAGUGCGCAACCA